CACACACACACACACACACACAGACAGCGGCGCGCUCGAGUGCAGUGUGAGCGCGCGGGUGAGGGAUUAAGGCGCGCGCAGCGGCAGGAUGAAAGAGACGGAACUUUAGAAGUAGAGGAUGGGGUGUGCACAGUGUAAGGAUAAGGACGAGUCAGAGCUGUCAGGAGGUGGCGACCCUGUGGCUUUCCCGAGUGGGCGUGGUCACUAUGACUCCUCCCCUCAUAUCAACCCCGCCUUUGGAGCGACAUCCAUCCCCAACUUCAACAACUUCACAACAUCGGGAAAUUCACUCUCAGUGUUCGGGGGAGCCAACAUACACACACAAGCACACACCGGAGUCCUGCACACGCAAGGGACUGCAGGUGUUACUCUGUUCGUAGCUCUGUAUGAUUACGAGGCUCGGGCAGAAGAUGAUCUCAGUUUUCAAAAAGGAGAGAAGUUUCAGAUCAUUAAUAACACUGAGGGUGAUUGGUGGGAAGCGCAUUCUCUUACCACAGGAAGAAGUGGUUACAUUCCCAGCAAUUACGUCGCUCCAGUCGACUCCAUCCAGGCCGAGGAGUGGUAUUUCGGUAAACUCGGGCGGAAGGAUGCGGAGAGGCAGCUCCUGUCUACAGGAAACCAGCGAGGCUCGUACCUCAUCCGGGAGAGCGAGACUACAAAAGGUGCAUUCUCUCUGUCCAUCCGGGACUGGGACGAGGCUAAAGGUGAGCAUGUCAAGCACUAUAAGAUCCGUAAGCUGGACAGUGGAGGUUAUUACAUCACCACGCGCUCACAGUUCCAAACGCUACAGCAACUCGUGCAGCAUUACUCAGAGCGGGCCGCAGGUCUGUGUUUCCGAUUGAUCGGCCCAUGUCACAAGGGGAUGCCCCGCCUUACUGAUCUGUCAAUCAAAACCAAAGACGUGUGGGAGAUCCUGCGUGAAUCACUCCAGCUCAUAAAGCGAUUGGGCAAUGGCCAGUUCGGGGAGGUCUGGAUGGUGCAUGCUGAUGGUCUGUGCUAUCAUUUAACCAGUGUGUGUGUAAACAACACACCAGAAACAGUGGGUCUUACACACGACACCUGGGAAAUUGCUCGCGACUCUCUGCAGCUGAAUGUCAAGCUUGGAGCGGGAUGUUUCGCAGAUGUCUGGUGUGGAACAUGGAACGGUAACACCCAGGUGGCGGUGAAGACCCUGAAGCCAGGCACCAUGUCCCCCGAGUCGUUUCUGGAGGAAGCUCAGAUCAUGAAGAACCUGCGUCAUGAUAAACUGGUGCAGCUCUACGCCGUCGUCUCGGAGGAGCCCAUCUACAUCGUCACAGAGUACAUGAGCAAAGGAAGUCUGCUGGAGUUCCUGAAGGACGGAGAAGGUCGUGCCCUGAAGUUACCCAACCUGGUCGACAUGGCCUCUCAGGUAGCAGGCGGAAUGGCCUACAUUGAGAGGAUGAACUACAUCCAUAGAGACCUGCGUGCUGCCAACAUCCUGGUGGGAGAAAACCUGGUGUGUAAAAUCGCCGACUUCGGCCUCGCCAGACUCAUCGAGGACAAUGAGUACACCGCUCGGCAAGGUGCCAAGUUCCCCAUUAAGUGGACAGCUCCGGAGGCAGCUCUUUACGGGAAGUUCACCAUUAAGUCUGACGUCUGGUCCUUCGGGAUCCUGCUGACUGAACUGGUGACGAAAGGACGAGUACCGUAUCCAGGAAUGAACAACAGGGAGGUGUUGGAGCAAGUGGACCGCGGGUACCGCAUGCAGUGUCCCUUGGGCUGUCCUUCAUCCCUGUACGAGCUCAUGCUGCAGUGCUGGAAGCAGAACUCAGAGGAACGUCACACCUUUGAGUACCUGCAGGCGUUCCUCGAAGAUUACUUCACCGCCACCGAGCCGCAGUACCAACCUGGGGACAACUUAUGAUCUGACCCAGCGCCUCCUGCAGCAUGGAGGCGGAACCACAGCUUCCAUCAAGUCCUUCGGACCUGCAUUUAUCUUUAGCAGAGAGGAAGCGGGAGCUCCAGACUCGAGCUUUGCAUCCAGACGCAGAUCUAAAGGAGGAGGUGUAAGGGGCAGUGGGUGGGAAUAGUGAAUGGAACUGUGGGUAAUUUUGAAAAAAUGUAAGGGUUGCUUUUCUUUUUUUAAUAAUAUCGCUUUGGAAAACAGAUUCUCGCGCUCUCUUCUGGUCUGGAGAUUAUUUGCACAGUCUAGCUGUCUUUUAACGCGCAUUUUUUUUAGAAUCUAAACCCGGGUCUGAUGAAGGUUUUAGUAAGAGGAAUUGUGGGUACUGUGUGGGAAUAAGAGAGGAGGAAUUGUGGGUACUGUGUGGGAAUAAGAGAGGAGGGAUUGUGGGUACUGUGUGGGAAUAAGAGAGGAGGGAUUGUGCGUACCUGUGCCUUUUCCUUUUUUUUUUCUUUUUGUGUAUUAAUGAUAGAUUUAACACAGCAAGAUAAAACGCACAUUGAACACAAACGUGCAACUUUUAUACAGACAUGCUGUUUAUUUUUGGAAUAUAUAUAUAUUUUUAUUUUAGUUUUAAUUAACGCCCAAAGACCCAUUAUGCAAUGCUGCGUUUGUUCUUUUCUGUUAUGUUGUCUACCAAAUUUUAUGCUAAAGCUAACAACAGAAUGUAAGGUAAAAAAUAAUAUAUGUUGCAUUUUAAACAAUAAGUAUGAAAAAACUUUUAAUUUUAAACAGAUGAAAUGCCUGCUCUUAGUACUUGGUGUUUAUUUACUUCCUUUUCUCAGGUGUUAAUUACGUUAACGAUCAUGUGACCAUGACGAGCGAAAGUCUUAAUCUUUCAGUCUUGUGGCCUUUAUACUUAUUUUUUUUCCUUUUAACGGUUUUAAUAUGUGUAAUUAACCCCGGGACAAUUUUCCUGGUCAGUUGUUUGCAUGGAAGAAGCCACAGGAGGCGCUGUGGAGCCAUUUUAUGUCUCACCCUCAUCGACCUCCCCUACUGACCAUCCGCACUUCUGAUUCACUAGUGUGCAAUCCGAUUAAAUCCAUUUGUGAAAUAGUCAAUCAACUGCGUACACUGUAUAAACAGCUGCAGUGCAUUUUGGUUAAUUUGUCCACAGCGUCCAAGAGGGAUGACCAAGGGGACUUGGUGAAGGGAAAGUGAACAGAGGUGUGUUAAACCUCGGCCUCGUUUCAAUCCAGCGUGUUUUUAUAUUACAGUUUGUUGCAUGUUCUUUUUUAUAAUGAAAAUUUUCAAUAAAAAUAUUUUAUACACUUUUA